AUGGCUCGCUUCCCGUCCCCCGCAGUCGUCGAGGAGGAGGAUGUUGAGUUAAAGAAAAAGAAGAAGAAGAAACACUCCAAAAAGCGCAAGGCCGAAGAGAUCGAACCCGCGCCUAUCGAGGGUGAGGAGGAGGAGGAACUUGUCGAGUCCUUGGAGCCUGUCAAAAAGAAGAAGAAUAAACAUUCAAAAAAGAGGAAGACGGAUGAGCCUGAGGAAGAGGUAGAGGCUGUUGAAGAGGUCACAAUUGAGAAGAAGACCAAAAAGAAGCAUUCUAAGAAGAAUCGCCACCAGCAAGAGGAUGCCGAGGAGGCUGUUGCUGCCGUUCCUGUAGAGGACUCGGCUGAACCUGAGAAGAAGAAAAAGAAGAAACAUUCUAAGAAGCAUGAGGUUGUCGAGGAGGAGGAGGAAGCCGUUGAGGUUGAGGAGGAGAUGCCUAAGAAGAAAAAGCACUCGAAGAAGCAUCUCAAGAAUGUCGAGGAAGAGAAGGAGGAGAAGGCUGUUGAGGAAGAGGAGGCACCCAAAAAGAAGAAGCACUCCAAGAAGCAUCGCAAGGCUUUAGGGGAGGAAGAGGAGGAAGCUGCAGCUCCAAAGGAGAAAAAGGAGAAGCACUCCAAGAGGAAGGCACAACCUGUUGGGGAAGAGGAGGCGGAGGAGGUUGUGGUAGCCAAGAAGCCCUCCAAGAGUAAGGUGGAUCUCGUGGCUCUUUACUGUCGUAUUUCUGAUGAUAGCGUUUAUGUUGCUAUGGAAGCCGAGAAUCUCGACUCUAUGAUGAGAUCUCGCAGUUCUUAUGCUGGUCAAAGCAUAGCUAGAGCCUCAUUCAGUCUCAAACCAGUUAGUAUCAAUGGAGUGAUCGCUGGUAUCACUCAUACUGUUGGUCAAGUUAGAUUUGAUUACAUCGGUAACCUGAAGAAGGUUAACGCAGCAGUUGAUGUUGUUGAUCAGUAG